AUGCCUUUCAGCAACACCCACAACAAAUACAAAAUGAACUACUCGGAUGAGCAGGAGUAUCCUGAUCUGAGCAAGCACAACAACCUCAUGGCCAAGGUGCUCACCCCAGAGAUGUACGCAAACCUGCGUGAUAAAGAAACCUCCAGCGGAUUCACUCUAGACGAUGUGAUUCAGACCGGGAUUGAUACCAAAGGCCACACAUUUAUCAUGUCUGUGGGUUGUGUUGCGGGAGACGAGGAGUCAUAUGAGGUGUUCAAAGAGCUCCUAGACCCUGUAAUUGAAGAACGCCAUGGAGGCCACAAGCCCACAGACAAGCACAAGACCGACCUUGACCCAGACAAAAUUCAGGGUGGAGAUGAUCUCGACCCAGACUACGUUCUGAGCUCCAGAGUGCGAACUGGCAGGAGCAUCCGUGGCUUCUGCUUGUCUCCUCACUGUAGCCGUGGAGAGAGACGUAGUGUUGAAAAUCUGGCUGUUGAGGCGCUUAGCAGCCUGGAUGGUGAAUUCAAUGGAAAGUACUAUGCCCUGAGAAACAUGACUGAGGAAGACCAACAGCAGCUGAUUGACGAUCACUUUCUGUUUGACAAGCCUGUGUCCCCACUAUUGUUGGCCUCUGGGAUGGCUCGUGACUGGCCCGAUGCCAGGGGGAUAUGGCACAACGAUGACAAGACAUUUCUGGUCUGGGUGAAUGAGGAGGACCAUCUCCGUGUCAUCUCCAUGCAGAAAGGUGCCAACAUGAAGGAAGUCUUCGCUCGCUUCUGCACGGGUCUUUCAAAAAUCGAGUCUGUCUUCAAAGAGAGGGGCCAUGAGUUUAUGUGGAACGAGCACCUGGGCUACAUCCUCACCUGCCCAUCUAACCUAGGAACAGGUCUGCGAGCUGGUGUCCAUGUCAAGCUGACUAAUCUGAGCAAACAUGAGAGUUUCGAUAAAAUUCUCAAUAAAUUGAGGCUUCAGAGGCGUGGAACAGGUGGUGUAGACACUGCUGCAGUGGAUGGCGUCUAUGACAUCUCUAACGCCGACCGGCUAGGCUUCUCCGAGGUGGAGUUGGUACAGAUGGUGGUUGAUGGAGUCAAGCUCUUGAUAGAAAUGGAGAAAUGUCUUGAGGCUGGCCAGUCAAUUGACGAUCUCAUGCCUGAGCAAAAAUGAACACUGGUUUUAGAACACAAUCCAAACUUCUCCUUCGGCCCCCUCCAAAUCCAGUCAUAUUAAAGUUCUACUACUACUACUACUACUACUACUACUACUACUAUAUUAAGAAGCACUCUGGCCAAGUUAGUUGCACUAAAGUUAAAUGAGUCUUCCAUCGGCCCAAAGGAUUUUGCUCUUACAGCGUCUUAAGGAUGACUAACACCUGAAAUAAAGUCUCUUU